GUAUCAUAGGACCCACAUUUCUGUGUGCAGAUCUCCUAACGCUUGGGUUUUAGAGGCAAAGGGAACUUGGGGACUGGUUCUAGGACAGUUUGCAAUUCUGGAAGCUGACCGUGAAAAUGUAGCUGUGGCCCACCCUUGCUUUGGAAUCUAGAGGGUUAACUGGCCGCUCUUCCGGUCCAACCCCCUCCAGCCUGUAGCUUCUUGUUGCUGUGGAGAUGGUAGCCCCGCCCCUGAUGCAGUACCUGCCCCCCCAUUGGCUGCAGUGGUGACUGGGGCUGAGGGGGGAGCCCAGGCCUGAGCAGCCAUUCUGGAACUGGAGCCGGAGCUUGGCAUCCCCCACUUUCAUUCUCCUCUAGCCCCUCGCCCCCCUAAAUUCCCUGCUAGCAGAGCCCCAGCCUCCCUCCUCCGAGCUGCCACCUCUCUCAGACUCUUGGCAGUCCCAAGCUUCAUCUGCAGUCACCUCCUCUCCUCCUCGUCUCCCUACCCUCACUUGGGAGUCCCCCAGCCCCCACUGCCCCUUUCCCCACUCCCUGGCAUUCUUCCCUUCCCCUCUCCCUCCUUCCCCUCUGAGGCCCUGCCACUGCAGUGCACGUGGCACCAGCCCCUCCUCCCCUCCCCCUACCUGGCCCUUCCUGGAAUUUUCUGUCCCCAGGAUUCUCCCCUGGCCACUCCUCUCGGGUCUCUCCCAAGACUCCCCCCUCCAGUCCAGGGAGGGGGUCAUAGGAGGCAGCCCAGGCCCUCCUGACCGACUGGGCUUCCAGCAGGAGGGGGGCAGGCGGGCGAUGUACCCAGCCGAGGGAAGGGGAAAGCUCGCCUAUGGGCAAUGACCUUAGCCCAGCUUCCCCCCGCAGCUAGCCUCCUCCUGGGGGGGUGGGCACCAAGGACCUGUCUUCUGUGGAGCUGUGUCCUUUAUUUUGGGGGUUUCACUGACCCUCUCAGCCAUGCCCCUCGGCUGAUUGCCAGCCCCAGUCAUGGGCCUCAGGCCUCCCACUCCGUCCCCCUCGGGGGGCUCCGGGUCGGGUUCCUUGCCCCCUUCUUCCCGCCGCCAGCCUCUCCGCCGCCGCUGCUCUUCCUGCUGCUUCCCGGGGGAGUACCACCUGGGUCGCUCGAGGAGGAAGAGUGUCCCCGGGGGGAAGCAGUACAGCAUGGAGGCCGCCCCCGCUGCGCCCUUCCGGCCCUCGCAAGGCUUCCUGAGCCGGAGGCUAAAAAGCUCCAUCAAACGCACGAAGUCCCAGCCCAAACUUGACCGGACCAGCAGCUUUCGCCAGAUCCUGCCUCGCUUCCGAAGUGCUGACCAUGACCGGGCCCGGCUGAUGCAGAGCUUUAAGGAGUCACAUUCUCACGAGUCCUUGCUGAGUCCUAGCAGUGCCGCCGAGGCCUUAGAGCUCAACUUGGAUGAGGAUUCCAUUAUCAAGCCGGUGCACAGCUCCAUCCUGGGCCAGGAGUUCUGUUUUGAGGUAACAACGUCAUCAGGAACAAAAUGUUUUGCCUGUCGUUCUGCGGCCGAAAGGGACAAAUGGAUCGAGAAUCUCCAGAGAGCAGUAAAACCCAACAAGGACAACAGCCGCCGGGUGGACAAUGUGUUGAAGCUGUGGAUCAUAGAGGCCCGGGAGCUGCCCCCCAAGAAGCGGUACUACUGUGAGCUCUGCCUGGACGACAUGCUGUACGCGCGCACCACCUCCAAGCCCCGCUCGGCGUCGGGGGACACCGUCUUCUGGGGCGAGCACUUCGAGUUUAACAACCUGCCAGCUGUCCGUGCCCUGCGGCUGCAUCUGUACCGCGACUCAGACAAAAAGCGCAAGAAGGACAAGGCGGGCUAUGUGGGCCUGGUGACUGUGCCCGUGGCCACCCUGGCUGGGCGCCACUUCACAGAGCAGUGGUACCCCGUAACCCUGCCGACAGGCAGUGGGGGCUCUGGGGGCAUGGGGGGCUCAGGAGGGGGCGGAGGCUCGGGGGGUGGUUCAGGGGGCAAGGGCAAAGGAGGUUGCCCGGCUGUGCGGCUGAAAGCACGUUACCAGACGAUGAGCAUCCUGCCCAUGGAGCUGUAUAAGGAGUUUGCAGAGUAUGUUACCAACCAUUACCGGAUGCUGUGUGCAGUCCUGGAGCCCGCCCUGAAUGUCAAGGGCAAGGAGGAGGUCGCCAGUGCCCUGGUCCACAUCCUGCAGAGUACGGGCAAGGCCAAGGACUUCCUUUCAGACAUGGCCAUGUCUGAGGUGGACAGGUUCAUGGAACGGGAGCACCUCAUAUUCCGCGAGAACACGCUCGCCACUAAAGCCAUAGAAGAGUACAUGAGACUGAUUGGUCAGAAAUACCUCAAGGAUGCCAUUGGGGAAUUUAUCCGAGCUCUGUAUGAGUCUGAGGAGAACUGCGAGGUGGACCCCAUCAAGUGCACGGCGUCCAGUCUGGCAGAGCACCAGGCCAACCUGCGAAUGUGCUGUGAGUUGGCCCUGUGCAAGGUGGUCAACUCCCAUUGCGUGUUCCCGAGGGAGCUGAAGGAGGUGUUUGCAUCUUGGCGACUGCGCUGCGCAGAGCGGGGUCGGGAGGACAUCGCUGACCGGCUGAUUAGCGCCUCUCUCUUCCUGCGCUUCCUCUGCCCCGCCAUCAUGUCGCCCAGUCUCUUCGGGCUCAUGCAGGAGUAUCCAGAUGAGCAGACCUCACGAACCCUCACCCUCAUCGCCAAGGUCAUCCAGAACCUGGCCAACUUUUCCAAGUUUACCUCAAAGGAGGACUUUCUGGGGUUCAUGAACGAGUUUUUGGAGCUGGAAUGGGGUUCCAUGCAGCAGUUCCUGUAUGAGAUCUCCAACCUGGACACACUGACCAACAGCAGUAGCUUUGAGGGCUACAUCGACUUGGGCCGAGAGCUCUCCACACUGCAUGCCCUGCUCUGGGAGGUGCUGCCCCAGCUCAGCAAGGAAGCCCUCCUGAAGCUGGGCCCACUGCCCCGGCUCCUCAAUGACAUCAGCACAGCUCUGAGGAACCCCAAUAUCCAAAGGCAGCCGAGCCGCCAGAGCGAGCGGCCGCGGCCUCAGCCCGUGGUGCUGCGGGGCCCGUCGGCCGAGAUGCAGGGCUACAUGAUGCGGGACCUCAACAGCUCCAUCGACCUUCAGUCCUUCAUGGCGCGAGGCCUCAACAGCUCUAUGGACAUGGCUCGUCUCCCCUCCCCAACCAAGGAAAAGCCGCCCCCACCACCGCCUGGUGGGGGGAAAGACCUGUUCUACGUGAGCCGCCCGCCCCUGGCCCGGUCCUCGCCAGCGUACUGCACGAGCAGCUCAGACAUCACAGAGCCGGAGCAGAAGAUGCUGAGUGUCAACAAGAGCGUGUCCAUGCUGGAUCUGCAGGGGGACGGGCCCGGGGGCCGCCUCAACAGCAGCAGCGUGUCCAACCUGGCGGCUGUCGGGGACCUGCUGCACUCCAGCCAGGCCUCCCUGACCGCCGCCCUGGGGCUGCGGCCUGCCCCUGCCGGGCGCCUCUCCCAGGGCAGCGGCUCGUCCAUCACCGCGGCUGGCAUGCGCCUCAGCCAGAUGGGUGUCACCACGGACGGUGUUCCUGCCCAGCAACUGCGCAUCCCCCUCUCCUUCCAGAACCCUCUCUUCCACAUGGCUGCUGAUGGGCCAGGCCCCCCAGGGGGCCACGGAGGGGGCGGUGGCCACGCUCCACCUUCUUCCCAUCACCACCACCACCACCAUCACCACCACCGAGGUGGAGAGCCCCCAGGGGACACCUUCGCCCCAUUCCAUGGCUAUAGCAAGAGCGAGGACCUCUCCUCGGGGGUCCCCAAGCCCCCUGCCGCCUCCAUCCUUCACAGUCACAGCUACAGUGACGAGUUCGGACCCUCCGGUACUGACUUCACCCGUCGGCAGCUCUCACUACAGGACAACCUGCAGCACAUGCUGUCCCCUCCCCAGAUCACCAUUGGUCCCCAGAGGCCUGCCCCCUCAGGGCCCGGAGGUGGGAGCGGCGGAGGGGGCAGUGGCGGGGGUGGCGGGGGCCAGCCGCCCCCAUUGCAGAGGGGCAAGUCUCAGCAGUUGACAGUCAGCGCUGCCCAGAAACCGCGGCCAUCCAGCGGGAAUCUAUUACAGUCGCCGGAGCCGAGCUACGGCCCUGCCCGUCCACGGCAACAGAGCCUCAGCAAGGAGGGCAGCAUUGGGGGCAGCGGGGGCAGCGGUGGCGGAGGGGGUGGGGGGCUCAAGCCCUCCAUCACCAAGCAGCAUUCUCAGACGCCAUCCACGCUGAACCCCACCAUGCCAGCCUCUGAGCGGACGGUGGCCUGGGUCUCCAACAUGCCACACCUGUCGGCUGACAUCGAGAGUGCCCACAUCGAGCGGGAGGAGUACAAGCUCAAGGAGUACUCCAAGUCGAUGGAUGAGAGCCGGCUGGACAGGGUGAAGGAGUACGAGGAGGAGAUCCACUCCCUGAAGGAGCGGCUGCACAUGUCCAACCGGAAGCUGGAAGAGUAUGAGCGGAGACUGCUGUCCCAGGAAGAGCAGACCAGCAAAAUCCUGAUGCAGUAUCAGGCCCGGCUGGAGCAGAGCGAGAAGAGGCUGAGGCAGCAGCAGGUGGAGAAGGACUCGCAGAUCAAGAGCAUCAUUGGCAGGCUGAUGCUGGUGGAGGAGGAGCUGCGCCGGGACCACCCCACCAUGGCUGAGCCGCUGCCCGAGCCCAAGAAGAGGCUGCUCGACGCUCAGGAGAGGCAGCUUCCCCCCCUGGGUCCAACAAACCCGCGUGUGACGCUGGCCCCACCUUGGAACGGCCUGGCCCCCCCAGUCCCGCCCCCCCCACCCCGGCUGCAGAUCACCGAGAACGGCGAGUUCCGAAACACCGCAGACCACUAGCCCACCCAGCAUCACAGACCUCCUUGCCCAUCACCCCACCUCGGACAGCACCGACCACCGGGACUGGACUUCGCCGAAGGACAGCGGGACUGCCUCCCUGAAUGCUUCCUGGGGGCACCAGUCCCCCACCCCCACUGCACCGUUUCCAGGAGGGAGAGGGGGGACCCUUAGCUGCCCCUCUUUCCUUCCUGUUGGGGUGCUGCCCCCUGUGAUCCCCGAGGACCCUUGCCCCAGGACACCACCUACCCCACACUGACCCCUUCACUCCGGGGUGCUAUCCCCAUCCUCUGCCUCAUCGUUCCCCUGAGCACUGGGGGACAGACCCUCGCCCCCACCCUGGGGGUGUGGCACCUCCAAACUUUCAACUUCAGGGUGAUUUUUUAGCAGUAACCAGAGCUGACAAUCUAACUCCCCUCCAUUGCCCCAUUUUGGCCUCCCCUGUCCCCCUUGUUAUGGGGAGGGGACCCCGGGUGAGGGGGCCCUACCCCUUGAUUUCUCAGGAGCGUCUGGGGGGGCUCAGCACGCACAAACUCCUUCUCAUCCUACCACUCUUAAAUUUACUCCCUCCCCACCCAGAACCCAGAUGGGGUGGAGGGGCCGCCGGGGCAGGGUGGGGGCGGCAAGGGGGGAAUGGGAGUUGUCUCCCCUUCCUCCCACACCUGAUCUGCUCUUGGCUGGUCCCAGAGCGGGGUGAGGGGGCUGAUGCCCCCCCCUCCCCCAGUGUGUUGGGUGGGGUGGAAUUGAGGUUAGGGUGAGGGGCUAGGGUUUAGGAGGGUGUGUAUGUUGGGGAGGACAGACUAGCUGAUCUGCCCUACCAUGACACACAGCCCCCCCUGCCCCUCCCCUCUCUCUUCAUGGUCUCUACUCCCAGGGGGACGGGGGAACUUACUCUAGGAAAAGCCAUGUCUCUCUCCCCCAGGGUGGGGGGACCUGUGUGGAAGAGGGGUGUUGGGGGCCUCUUUCCAUGACUCUGUCCCCUGGGGGAGGUAGGACAGGGCUGGGCUACCCUCUCUUCUCCCCCGUUCCCAAUCUCCCUCCACCUCCCUCCCUCCCUCCCGCCAGCUCCACAAUUUUUCGGUGUUUCUCUGUACAUAGCUCUCUGGCGGGAUAGGGGAGGUAGGAUGGAUGGGGUUUGGGGUGGGUAGGUCAUGAGAGGGGAGAACCCCCUUCUUGACACCCCUCUUCCUUGACUGCUAUCCCCUACCCAGCCUUGCCCCCUCAUCCCUUCUUGCGUUUGGUAUUGAGACUUCGCAGACUCCACCCUUCUUUCUUUUGUAUGGACAGUUCCCCUUCAGUCCCCUCCCCCUGAUCACAUACACCCAGCCGGGGCCAAAUUUAUACUUAUAUAAAAGUUGUAAAUAUGUGAAAUUUUAUCCCUGUGCCCUUUCCUUGCUUUCCCAACCUCAGACCCUACCUGGGACCCCCCUUUCUCCUCUUAUUUGGCUGUUGUAAUUAUCUGGGGUUUGUACUGUACAUAUCUGGGGUGUGUGUGUGGGGGCUGGGGGCAACCCCUGUGUACAGAGCUUCCUAGCCCCCUCCCCCAUGCUACCCUCCCCACCCACCACCCUAAGGGUAGGGAGAGGCAUCUCCCUACCAGUUUUAUUUUGUUUUCUCAUUUUCCCCUCCUCCCCACCCCCCCUCCCAGCCUUCUCUACCCCUACCGCCGUCCCUUUUUCUCCACUCCCAGCCCCAUUUCCUUUUUUUCUGGAGUGUGUGGUGAAACUGAAAAACCAUGUUUAAUAAACGGAGAUUGUUCUUUUA